CGAGAUCGAGAGACGGUGGAUUGUGAAGUUGUAACUAUCAACACUAAAUUAACACGUCGCGCCUUAUUUAAAUACAUUUCGUACCAUUGCCAUACUCAGCUGUAGUGUGAUUUUCCUUCAAACCAGAUUCAGAAGUUAUAUGUGCUAAAAUAGUUGUAUGGUGAGGCGGAACGAUUUAUGUAGAAACUAGCCCUCCUGCACUGUCAGUCGCAUUCGGAGAUCGCAACGACGAAGCAGGAUGAGCAAAGUGGAGCCGGAUCUUCCCACCUUCGUGAAAGAAUCAGUCGAUAAAACAGCCCAGGAACUGGGAUUCACUCACGGCCGGUGCGUGGUAUCGUUCGAGGCUGGAUCCAAAUGCGAUGGUUUGGUUGGAGAAAUACACCAAGCCACCAUCACGGAAGGUGAUCGAAGCGAAACUCUAUUCUGCAAAAUUCCACCCCUGGAUCCGAUAAGGCGGGAGCAGUUCAAUUCGAUGAAACUCUUCGAGCGGGAGGUCACACUGUAUUGUGACGUUCUACCGGCUAUGUUUAAAUUUCAACGCGAAAAAGGUAUUUCCGAAGAGGAAGGAUUCUUUAACGUUCCCAAAUGCUACGCGACUCAUCUGAACCUAACGUCCGAAGAAUCACUGAUUUUGAUGGAGAAUCUGCGAAUCAAAAAUUUCGGCACAUGUAACAAAUUACAGCCAAUCGAUUAUGACCAUGCUCGACUGCUUAUGAUCCAUCUGGGCCGAUUUCAUGGGCUGUCAUUGGCAAUGAAAGACCAACAGCCGGAUUUAUUUGAGAAAUUCAAACUGCCUGAUGUGUUACUCCCAUCCAUCCAGGCCAACCCUAUGUUGGUGGAAAUGUUUAUAUCAUCACUGGAUAACGCUAUCUCAUUGUUGGAUGCUGAAGAUCAAGAAGCUAUAUCAAAAAUGGAAGCCUUGAAAACGAACUACAUGGAAAUUGCAGAAAGCUGUCUAAGCGGAAAAAACGCGGAACCGUACGCUGUGCUGAAUCAUGGUGAUUGCUGGGUCAACAACAUCAUGUACAGAUACAAGGAUGGACAACCGCACGAAUUAAUGCUAAUCGACUGGCAGCUUGCCCGAUACGUGUCCCCCGCCCUGGACAUACUGUAUUUCCUAUUAUGCUGCACCGACGAAGCGUUCCGGGAGAAAUACCACGACGAAAUGCUACAAAUUUACCACUCCUCCAUGGUGAACCUCCUGGACCGGUUAGGAUCCGAUGGAACCGAACUGUUUCCCUUUUCCGCUCUGCAAGAUCAGCUGAAGAGGUUCGGCCAGUUUGUCAUCAUCAUGGGCGCUUUUGACAUUCCGAUUCUGUGUACCGAUCCGGCGGAAAUGCCCGCCGCACUGGAUGGUGAUCUGUCGGAAGUAUUUGCCACUUCUCCGGAAGCCCAACAACGGUACGCCGGGCGAAUGUUGGGUGUUAUGCGGGACGCGAUAAGGUACGGUUAUCUGUAGAUAUAGAUUUAUGGUCGAAAUAAAGUGCAAUUUCGUAA